AUGGCGUCCAUUCUGGCUCCUGUGACAGAAGACAGCAGGCCGGCGUUUUCCAUCGAGCGCAUUCUGGGUUUGGACCUGGAGAGACCUGGAAGCUGCCUGAAACUCCAUCGACCCUGGGCAGAGAUCGGAGCAGAGAAGGAGAACACAGGAAACAGUGUGUGCUCCAGACAACAACACUGUUAUCAACAGCAUCAUCAGCAUCAUCAUCCUCAGCAGCUGGCGUCUCCCAGGCCAACAUCAAACUGGUACAUCGGACGCCGACCACGCACUGCCUUCACCAACAGCCAGGUGAAUGUGCUGGAGACAGUGUUUCAGGUGAACUGUUAUCCAGGUAUCCAGCUGAGGGAGCAGCUGGCGGGGAGACUCGACCUGGACGAGGACCGAAUACAGAUCUGGUUUCAGAACCGGCGGGCCAAGCUGAGGCGUUCCCUCAGAGAAACUCGUCUGCAGCUGGUUCAGACGGCUGUGGCAGACCUCGGGGUCGGAUACGACGUCACAGGUAAACAGGAGGCCGAGCAGGAUGCGCGAGGUGACCGGGAGCGCACCCAGCGGCUCGCCCCUCGCCUCCAAUUUGAGAUGGAGGAAGAGGAGGAGUGA